UGAUUUGGCGAAGUGGCAGUUGGAGCUCGAUCUUUCCCCUAGUGUAAUUCUAAAGGCCUCUUCCCAUCUACAAAUCUACCUUCUUCUACAAAUUUGAAUUUGUUGAUUGGCCUAAAGAUGUAUAAGCAAACAAAGCAUAUGCGUUGUUUUGAGACAAUUCCAGAUUCUGAUCAGAGCAUUUCCGAUGAGGAAGAAUCUGACCAAGAUUGGCCCAACAAACGCCUUACCCUUGACGGGUCCGCCAAGAAAAAGGAGGAAUUACCACUUUCAUCACGGCUAGAAAUGCUCAAAGCUGGUGCGCAUGUAGAUGCCUGCAACUUGGAGGAUGACGUGAGCUCUGGCGAUGAGUUGCAGAAAGUUGAUGUUCAUAGCAUUGGAAAAGAAGACGGAUCAUACACAUGGUCUGCGGCAAGUAAAGAAGUUGAGGAACUUAUGCGUUCGAAUGAGAAAAAUUCAUGUUCAUCGUCACAUUCUUCUUACUUGAAAUUGAAUAAGUCAUCUAAAGGAGUCAAAGGCAAAGGCAAGCCAAAGUUUUCGUUCCGUUUCCCAUCACACAAGGAAGGACACUCUUGGCUUUCUGUAUAUAAGGAUGACAAUGAUGUUUCAUUCAAGGUUCAAGAAUUGCCUGAGAGGUUGGAUUAUAGACCCGAAGAAAAUUCAGAUGCUGAGCUUCUUGAGGAUAUUCAGGUUGAGGAGGAAAAUCAGUUGGAGAUUGUGCCUUUUGAAGUCAAUGAACAUGGGCAUGGCUGUAUUGAGCAGUCAAUGGCAGAGCUUUUAGAUGGCCUUCAGGAUAAGACAACUAUGGCAAGAGGAAGUUCCAAAAUGUAUAGUAGAAAAAGAUGUAAAAGGGGGCAGCCUGUUGUGAAGAGAGUACCCCCACUUGGAGAUAGACUUAUCGACAGUGAAAGCUCCCCUGAGCACUUAGGCCCUGAAUCACCAAGUGAUAGCGAGGCUGAUGAUCAAAUUUUGAAGCUUGAUAAACCGGAGGUGAAGAGGCAAACAUUGGUAGAUCGAUUUCAGGAAGCUUUAAGUGACAGAGCCCUUGUUACAGUGCCUAAAACAUUAAGAAUUGGAUUAUUUGGGCAACUGCAGCAGGUCAUUCAGAGUGAAAAAGAAAGUGAUAUGGAAUUCUUAAAGAAUAUUGAGAACGGAGCUAACCAAAAGGAACCAAGCUGCAUCGAUGUGAAAAUUUGUUCGAGACACUUGGAUGCAAAGCUGAAAGUUUGCCACUGCUCCUUUGGCAAUAACUUAAAGGUCAUGAGCCUCCCACAGUCAGAGAGCCCCAAGCACAUGCUGAAAGAAGAAACAACACAGACAGUUAUUUUCAAUCCAAGAGUUUGCAAUGAUGUUGACCUCGAUGCUGGGAAAUGGAUCCGUAUUCACGCUCCAUGGAAGGAGAUUCAUGUGGGCAAUGACAAAAGCAUUAUCCUAUCCAGUUAUUUCUCCCAGAUUUGAAUUUGAAAAGCUCAGGUUACCAGGAUUGGUAUGAAAUAUUUCAGUACAACUUCAAAGUCCACCCAAUCCGGUGAUGAGCAGGCCUUACAUGGGAGGUGGGUUUGAAUAUCAAUUGAAGGUAAUCCACAACCUCCAUUGGAAAAUCUUAUUCACGAUAAGAACCCUAUGCUGCCAGUGCCAGACGGUAAUGCUCUGCCUGAACACUGUUACUGCUAUCCAAGUGGUGUAGCCAGUGAAGAAGAAUGAAUUUUUCUUUGAAAUGAAUGCUGCUUUUUAUGGGAGGAGUGCUUGGUGGGUGAAUUUUUUUGGUUCAGUUGGUUAUGAUGGUGGCUAUGAGAACGAUAAAUAUUGGUGUCUUUUAACAUGGAUCUCUCCCUCAAAACCGUUUGUCAACUGUUUAACCCAGUUCUAGUUUGAUUUGCAAUUGCUAUGAUUGGCUCAGCAGGAUUCAGGAAGCAAGGGAAGCUGCUUUGGCAACUUAAACUUAAUAGCUCCGUUGCCAAGCACCAUGCGUCUAUGCAAUCAGAUUUUUGUUAUUUCUAGCACCAUGAACAACGUUACUUCUUACACAUGUAGUUUUAUUGGGAGCCGAUCCCAAUCCGUUUAAGUGUACAUAAGUUUAGUGACAGAUAUACGGCACUUGUAAAUUAGGAUUAGUUUUAAAAAAUUGGAAUACCGUUGGGUUUUUUUCA